CCCCGACCCUGAAAGGCCAAUGGGAGCGCGGCACCUCAGUGGAUUCCAGGUCCGACGCCCUCAAGUCAAACACUGGGGCUGAGUGCGCGUCUCUCUUAUUGCGGGAGGCUGGGGACAGACCCGGGCAGAGUCUGCAAGCGAGAGAGAGACAGGCGGAGGUGGCAGCAGCGUCCAGUGCACUGCGCAUUGAAUACUGUGCGUUGUGCACUCACUGCAGGUACCAGGCCGGCCGACUGGGCACCCCACUAGUGCUAGCGCGGCUGUGCAUCACCCUCCCCAGACAGUGCGGGUCGGAAGAAGGGGACCUCCAUUCGAGACGCUGUAAAUCACACACUCGCAAAAUAAAUAAAAAAAACAAAACCUGCCAUGAAGGUAAAGAAGGCGUUUUUGCUUCUGGCGUUGCUGGGCUUGGCCCAUCUCGCCCUGCUGGCCAGCUGCGAGGAAAGCGAUGAUGCUGGAGACGUGAGUGAGGAUGAUGAUGAUGAUGAUGACGACGACGAUGAUGAUGAUGAUGAUGAUGGCACCGAGGUCAAAGAAGAAAACGGCGUACUGAUUCUGAAAGACUCCAAUUUCGACUCCUUUAUCGCGGACAAGGACACGGUGCUGGUGGAGUUCUAUGCUCCCUGGUGCGGGCACUGCAAGCAGUUUGCUCCCGAGUACGAGAAGAUCGCGGAGACUCUGAAGGAGCACGACCCCCCGAUCCCAGUGGCCAAGGUGGACGCUACGGCCGAGAGUGGCCUGGGCUCCAGGUUCGAGGUCAGUGGAUACCCCACCAUCAAAAUCCUGAAGAGGGGCCAGCCGGUGGACUAUGACGGGGAGCGAACGGAGCAAGCUAUCGUAUCCCGAGUGAAGGAAGUGGCCCGGCCGGACUGGACCCCGCCCCCAGAAGCCACGCUAGUCCUGACGAAGGACAACUUUGACAACGUGGUUAACGAAGCCGACAUCAUUCUGGUGGAGUUCUACGCGCCCUGGUGCGGCCACUGCAAGCGCCUCGCGCCGGAGUACGAGAAGGCGGCCAAGGAGCUGAGCGCGCGGACCCCGCCCGUCCCGCUGGCCAAGGUGGACGCCACGGCGGAGGCCGAGCUGGCGACGAGGUUCGACGUCUCCGGCUACCCGACGCUCAAGAUCUUCCGGAAGGGCAAGGCCUUCGAGUACAACGGGCCGCGGGAGAAGUACGGCAUCGUCGAUUAUAUGAUCGAGCAGGCGGGGCCUCCCUCAAAGCAGGUCCAGGCGCUCAAGCAGGUCCAGGAAUCCGUCAAAGACGGAGACGACGUCUUCAUCAUCGGAGUCUUCGCUAGCGAUGAGGAUGCUGCCUACGAGAUUUAUCAAGAAGCAUGCAACAACUUGAGAGACGACUACAAAUUCCACCACACGUUCAGCGAUGAAAUCGCCAAGUUUCUCAAAGCUUCUCCUGGACAAGUGAUCAUGAUGCAACCCGAAAAGUUCCAGUCUAAAUAUGAACCAAAAUCCAGUACAUUCCAAAUCAAAGACUCUACUACAGCCUCCGAGGUGAAGGACUUCUUUACCCAGCAUGCCCUUCCGUUGGUUGGCCACCGGAAACAAAGCAACGACGCAAAGCGCUAUACGAAACGGCCCCUGGUUGUGGUCUACUACGGCGUUGACUUCAGCUUCGACUACAGAGUCGCCACCCAGUUCUGGAGGAGCAAGGUGCUGGAGGUGGCGCAGGACUUCCCCGAGUACACGUUCGCCAUCGCCGACGAGGAGGACUACGCCGAGGAGCUGAAGGCGCUGGGCCUGGCUGAGAGCGGCGAGGAGGUGAACGCCGGGAUCCUGGGGGAGGGAGGCAAGAAGUACGCCAUGGAGCCCGAGGAGUUCGACUCGGACGCGCUGAGGGAUUUCGUCACGGCCUUCAAGAAAGGCAAACUGAAGCCGAUCAUCAAGUCCCAGCCCGUGCCGAAGAACAACAAGGGGCCGGUGAAGACGGUGGUCGGCAAGACCUUCGAGGAGAUCGUCCUGGACCCCAAGAAGGACGUCCUCAUCGAGUUCUACGCCCCCUGGUGCGGCCACUGCAAGAAGCUGGAGCCCGAGUACCUGGAGCUGGGCAAGAAGUACAAGAACGAGAAGGGCCUGGUCAUCGCCAAGAUGGACGCCACGGCCAACGACGUGCUGCACGAGAGCUACAAAGCCGAGGGGUUCCCCACGAUCUAUUUCGCUCCCAGCGGCGACAAGCAGCACCCCAUAAAGUUUGAGGACGGAAAGAGAGACUUGGAAGGCCUCAGCAAGUUCCUGGAGCAGCAUGCCACGAAAUUAUCACAGAAGAGGGAUGAGCUUUAAUGCCUUUGAAAGCCACGGGACUUGCGAGGAGAUCCAAGUAUUAAUGCAGUAGAAGGAGCAGCUUGGUGGGUUGAAGACUGUAAACUCUUUCCAGUGCGUGUUCAUGUUUAAGAGCCGGAUGUCUGUAACGGCGGUAAUUAGUGUCUUCGUCAAGAGAUUUCACUUUUCCAAAGUUUGCACUGUUUACCAGCUGAGUUUAUUUUGUUACAAAAAUCUUUUUAAAUAAAAGAUUGUAAAAACUGA